UCAUUUAUUGCUGUUCAUUUAAUGUUCGCGACAAUGUUCCACGAUUGAUGGUUGCUUGCUCCACUCGAUUUCGCUAUUUUUAUUAACACGAAAUAUUUGAAAACAGAAAACUUAUCAAGAAGCUAUAAAAUUAAACUAGCAACAAGCUGUUAGAGACGAACUAAUUGUAUCCAAUAUGAAUGAAAUGAAUAUUGAAACUACAGAUUUUAAAACAGUAUUUUCAUUAGUCACAAAACUAGAAUUUAUGGCUAGUCUAGGAUUAUUGAAAAAAGAACAAAUUAAAAAAAUAGUUGAAGAUAGGAGGAUAGGAGAUUGGAGGAAGAGUUUAAGAGCAACAAGAAGUGGCCUUGUAUACAAUAAUUUUUCAAGUAUGGCUACAGAAGUAGCAGAAAAUAUAAGCUGUUAUAAGACAACUACUAAAGCCAAGGAAAAAACUAAUGAAAAAAUUCGAAAUAAACAACUAAUCCAACAAAACUUUGAGGAAUCUGAAGUAGAACAACAGCAAAUAAAAAAUAUUAAAACUAAUGUAAAAAAGCAAUCAAAAACAAAACCAGAAUCUUUAAAAUUAAAAGCACAAAAAUCUAUAACAUAUAAACCAAUUGCAUCCACGAUGAAUGAAGUUAAUGAAACAAUUGCAUUUAAAAUAAUAUCACCCCAGAGAAAGCUGAAAAGUAUAGCUGGUCCAGGAUUAUUGACAAAAGAACAAAGUAAAGAAGAAAAUGAAAAAGUGAAAUCUAUGCUACAUAAAAAAAAUGAAAUCCAUUUAAAGGUAACUAUUCUAGCUAAUGAAGAUAAUACAAAGCAAACAAAUCAUGAUCAAUCCAGUUCAGAUACAACUCACUUAAUUAUACCCAAAUUGUAUUUGUGGACUCCUUAUGACAAGAUAAUAAAAUUACAAAUGGUUCUAACGAUGAAUCUUGUAAAACAUGGCUGUAUUCCAAUGACUUAUGAUCUAACUGUAACUGAUGUUCUUGAUUUGAAAUGGACGAAUGAAUUAGAAUAUAUUAAUCUGUUAAAUAAGAUUAGUUUUUAG